UAGUUAAUCUCUCCGGCUGCUGCUAUGAUUGGCCGCUGUAUGCAGCCUUCAGCCUCCUUGAAUGAGAAACAGGGGUAACCAGGCAACUUCAGAACAAGAGAGAAGGGGGGAAAAGAAAAUAUAGCUUUUCUGGAUCUUAGAAUUGUGGAAGAAUUUUGAACAUGUAAAGAGCAAGGCAAUGUGAUUUCACCUUGUGUGUCCGGCAAAUGGAAUUAACAAAUGGAUUUUCUUAAACACGCUCUCUCUCUCUCUUUCUCUCUCCCUCUCAAUGGGGGGAAAAUAGAGCGCUCAAAUGAAGGGGACACAGAUGUGGAUUAAAACGCAUAAAUGGGACACUCCAGAGAAGCAUCCACUGAGAAAAGUGCUCGGAGCAAGUGACUGUGAUGGGCUGUCGGACUGCAUCUGAAGGGUUCUACCAAAGAAUAAUAUCCACUCCUGACCUACUCUGAAAAACAAUAUUUGAUUCAAUCAGUGUUGCGGUCUCCCCUGGGGGGACUUACUCCCGUGUAAUAGGUGGACCCUCAGAAAAGAGCAACAGUGGACCAUGUGAUACUUGACCUUCACAGAGAGAACUCAGCAAAACUCAAACACCAUGGGCCACCAGUGACGGAGCAUAAUUAUCAAUGCUGGAUCUUCAUUUAUUGAGGAGUAGCAGACAUCUCAUCAUGGAUUUGAAUGAGAUUUUCUCCACCAAAGAGCGACUGUAAGAGAGACUGGAGUGGGGAGAAUUGGACACUGGGAGUUGGGAGGAUUAGCUAGUGUGCUGCUAACCCAUGGUGGAUCUGCUGUGAGCAGGACAAGGGACUCAGCAGUGGAGGAUGUCAGCGGAGGCCGAGCUCCAGCCGGGUGUCAAAACCAGCCAGCGAAGGGAGUCCAGGAGGAUCAAAGGUCAGGACCGCACUGAGGCGGGGCUUAUUAAGCGUUUCCGUGGAGAUGGCGUGCGCUACAAGGCCAAGCUGAUUGGGAUUGAUGAUGUGACAGCGGCACGUGGGGACAAACUGUGCCAGGACUCCAUGAUGAAGCUGAAGGGAAUGGCUUCUUCGGCACGUUCCAAAGGGGAGCACAAGCAAAGGGUCUUCUUGACGAUCUCUUUCGGCGGGAUCAAGAUUUACUGCGAAAGAUCGGGGGUGCUCCUGCAUCACCACUCAGUCCACGAGAUUAGCUACAUCGCCAAGGACACCAGGGACCAUAGGGCCUUUGGCUAUGUCUGUGGGAAGGAGGGCCACCACAGGUUUGUGGCCAUCAAGACCGCACAGUCGGCGGAGCCUCUCAUCAUUGACCUGCGCGACCUCUUCACGCUUAUUUACGAUAUUAAACAGCGGGAGGAGAUUGAGAAGAAGGCCCAGAAGGACAAACAGUGUGAGCAGGCAGUCUACCAGACCAUCCUGGAGGACGAAGUGGACGAUCCAGUUUACCAGUACAUAGUGUUUGAGGCUGGACACGAACCCCUCCGUGGCCCCCAGUCAGAGGAGAGCGUUUAUCAGGUCCCAACCAGUCAGCAGAAGGAAGGGAUCUAUGAUGUCCCAAAACGCCAUUUCAUGACUAAUAUCAACCACUUUGAUCUUUUUGGCGAUAUGUCCACUCCUCCCUCGAUGCCCCCAUCACCUGCCAACACACUGGACCCUAGCAGGAGCAGCCGCCAGCAGCAACACACUCCUGCUGAGAUGUAUGCCCCCUUCAGCCCCACCUCCGUGCCAUCAGGUUAUAUGACCAUGGGUCCAGUGCAGGCGGCUCAGUGGGCGCAGCAGCCGUUUCCUGCCCAGGCUCAGACUCUGGCCUUCCCCGUGCAGGGGCCCCUCCAGGUGGCUCAGGUCCUCCCCGGUGGUCAGCCGGUCAUCUGGAGCCAGGCCAACAUUUUCCCUGCCACUCAGCAGCAGUGGGCGGCCAUGGCGGCCUAUAUGCCAGCCCAGACUGUGGGCGUGGGGGGGCACGCCAUACCAGCUGCCAUGCUCCAAGGCCUGGUACCCAUUACCACCAUGUGCCCCCAAGCCUGCGACCUCUCAGCCCCCUCCUCUGCCAUCACCAGCCCCCAGCACACGGCCGACCCCGCCCUGUUUCAGAGACAGCUGAGCCUGGGGAAGGAAGGCGUGGACUCAGAUGCAGGCGAAGGCCCCUCUACAUCAGGAGCCGGAGCAGCAGGUGCUGGGUUUGGUGUCGCGUCAGCAGCAGUGAGCAGGUGUGGGACCCCAGGCCUCAUGAGUGUACCGGACACACUGGCCUGCAGUCAGCUGCUGCCACCUUCAGCUUCUGUGACCCAGGAAGAGGAAGGGAGCUGUAGUGACCUUGAUCUCUCUAGGAUGACCUUGAGCCCAGGUACAUCCACGUCACCGUCUACUGAAUCUCCAUCCACUCCAGCCCCUCAGCAGAGCUCAUCUUCAGACUGCCCUCCUUCCCAGGCCAGUGACCCCCCUACAGAUCAGUCCCCUGUAGACCCGAUGGGCUCCAGCAACGCCAAGGAGGAACAAUCGGGCUCUGUUGUUGCAAGGUCAAUCUCUCCGGUGCUCAGUGGAUCUCCUGAUCCUCAGCAGGAUCAGAUUUGUCCACAGGAAGACAGCUAGAGAACAACAGACACUGAGGGAUGGAAGCUCUCAAGGCCACGACAGAAGCUCAUGAGAAAGAGAGAGAGAUGAAGGACUGUGAACAGCAGCAUCUCUCACAGCUGGAUUACACAGACUUGUUCUGUUUUUUCAACCUUUGAAGGAUAUUUUGGCAGUUCUGUAAUAAGCUGGCUAUGCUAGGCUCUGCUUUCCUCCAGAGGCCACAUACUGUUCUGUACUCCUCAGCAUGACACCCAGACUUUGGCUUUAUCGUCCAAUCAAAUAACCUUUUAACCAGGAAGUGACCUUUGACCGAAACCUUCAACAGGAAGUGAUUGCACCCUCCUGUAAUGGAUUAAUGAGUUUAUACCUGUGAGGAUACGUUAAAUGGCCAUGGUGACACGGAUGAUGCAAAUUUUUUUGGAACAUUUCAUGAGGAGCAGCGUCCUACUGUAUGUGGUUGACUUGCAGUUUGUCAGCUGCCACCAGCAAUGACUGUGCACAGCAGAUGGAUUUGCCAAAUGUUCUCAUAGUGUUGCUCUACCGAUUCGUCCAUUUGCAUGAACAGACUUAAUGUGGAUUCAGCUGACUCUCUGCAGCUUCCUUCUAGAUAAGAAACAAAUCAAAAACUAUAAUUUGGUUUUCUUAUUUUAUAAGCUGUAAAUUCUCAGCUGAUGACACUGAGUCAUUAGAGGUAUUGAAAUGACUUUAAGGCAUCAAUGUCGAAAUCAGAAUUUGCCAAACAUCUAUUUUGUAAAUAAGAAUCUCCCCAGUCCCCUAUACCUGAGCCUCUGUGCCAUAAGAUAGCUCUCUGCCUCUUGGAUGCCAACUACCUGUGUUUCUCUCAAGCAAUGCCCUACCAGCACUUCCAUUUUUGACGUCUGGAUGUUUGUUUCACUUUUGCUGCCAUUUAUUUCUCAUUUCGGAAAAUGCAUUUUUUUUUCUGUUCAGUUGGUGAGAUAUGAACUGUGAAUCUGUGUUACAUGGUCAUUCAAAAUAAAGCCUGCUGUCACCUGUCUCACUCAUUUUGAACUUGAACUUGACUUUUUUUAGUAAAUAGGAGGCAGGUUUUCCUGCAUCUCUUUUUUUUUAGAUAUUCUACAUUUCAAGCUGAGGUCGCAUUGUUUACAACUUGCCUCUUAGAAUCAUAUCUCUGUUUGGUUUCUUGAAUAAAUUAGCAGAAUAAACCCAUACUGAUGUGACAUGGCUUAAUAACCACAAGCUCAGAGACAGUAGAGUGCAUUUCUAUGCCUUAUCAGGUUUAUUUUUGUUGUCCAGUCACUGUUCUUCUUGUCAGAUCAUUUGUAUACAGUAAACAGGUCAUUGUUGUAACAAAGCACUUGGGCAUAUUGUAGGUCUGCUCCACCGAAUCAAAAUGGUCAAAAGAAAGGCAACGUUAUAUAAUAUGAUCAAUAGAGAUAUCACUAUUAACUGCUAGACUUACAAUAACAAACAGUAACUGUACCCCUGCUUGUGUAAGAAAAAUGACAAAUAGUCCAACAUAUUUUGUAAAUUUUAUUUAUGGAGUUAAGAAUUGUCAUGAAAAAGAGAAAAAAAGGACUUUUGUACGUCUAUGACUUCCCCAUACACUGUACCCAUUCCACUGUUCAGUCACAAAUAAAAUAUCAUGUGAUUCCCACUUA